AUGGGGCUGCGCUGGGGGCUCCUGUGGCUUCUCGGGGCCGCCGCUUCCUGCCUUCUGGAAGGCAGCCUCGGCUCCUCCCCUCGCAUACUCCGUGUGAGCUACUCUGCUGCGACGGAGGCUUGUCCAGGGCUGCCACCCUUCACAGUUGAAGGUUAUAUAGAUGAUCAGCUCAUCACUCGCUACGAAAGCCACACCAGGAGGCUGCAUCCUCGAGUAGAUUGGAUAAAUACACUGGAGAAGGAAGAUUCCAGAUUCUAUAACAAGUACAUCUGGAUUUUGCAAAAAGACGAGGAAUACUUUAAGGAGCACGUGCCCAUGCUCCAGAGACUCUAUAACCAAAGUGGAGGCUUUCACAUCGUCCAGUUGAUGGUCUUCUGUGAAGUAGGGGAAGAUAGGAAAUGGAGCGGCCGCUGGCAGUAUGGCUAUGACGGGCGGGAUUUCCUUGGCUACGACAUGGCGACCGGCAUCUGGACAGCAGUUGAUAAAGAAGCCCAGGAGAUCAAGCGGAGGGUUGAAACUGCCGCCAGUCAGCAUUUCACAGAUUUCCUGGAGAGCAUUUGCACGGAGUGGCUGCAGAAGAACGACCACUACAGAUCAGAGACAUCCUUGAGGGAAGUUCCUCCAGUGGUGACGAUGAGCAGCAGGACAGAAGCCGAUGGUAUGGAGAGGCAUGUCUGCCGAAUCCACGGCUUCUACCCGAGGGAGAUCGAUGCCUCCUGGACAAGGGAUGGGGAAUUCUGGCUGCAAGACACCUUCCAUGAGUCUCUGGCCCCCAACUCAGAUGGGACCUACUAUUACUCGCUCGGAAUCCAGAUCGAUCCCAAGGAGAGGGGCCGCUAUCGGUGCCACGUGGAGCACAAUGGCUUGCAGCAGCCUCUGGAUCUGGACCUGAAGGUUCCAGAAUCCAGUUCCAGUCUGGGGCUCAUCAUCGGUGUUAGUGUGGCUGGCGUUAUCUUGGUGUGUGCAAUUUCUGGGAUCUUGGCAUUUCUCAGAUUCAGGAGAGGAGCGGAUGAUCCCAGGAAUGAUCCUUCUCUCUGAAAUGAUGCUGUCAAUUGAGAUGGGAGCACAGGAAACAUUUAAUGUCGAAUGUUUUUACAUUGACAACAGAUGGAGAUGCAGCCAUUUUCUUCCCAUGCACGGCUUGCCCCACCACAUACAUCGGACAAACCA